GCUUCUCCCUAGCUACUUUACAAACUAUGCUUUUAUGUUAAAUGGUACACUCGAAAUUCAGUUCAGUUAAAGUUUAUUUAUACGGCACCAGUUCCCAACAACAGUUGCCCCAAGGCACUUAUAUUGUAAGGUAGAGAUCGUACAAAAACAGAGACAAUAAUAAUACAAUACAAUAGUCCCUUUUAACAGGAAGAAACUUCCAGCAGAACCAGGCUCAGGGAGGAGCAGCCAUCUGCCGUGACUGGUUGAGGUGAGGUGAGGAAGACAAGUCAAAGAGACGCUGUGGAAGAGAGCCAGAGAUUAAUAAUAACUAAUGAUUACAUAAAUGCAGUUAACCUGUUUUAGAUUUUUGCGAGUUGUUUGUAGUUUCUGUUGCUGAGUAUUUCCAGUACAUAAACAUUAAUCUUUUUUUAAACUUUAAAAUAAAGUCCUUUUUGUCCUUUGAGGCAAAAAGUGAGAAAUAUUGUUUCCACUUUUAUGUCUGUACGUGAUUAUGUUGAUGUGAUUUAUAUGCAUUUGCCUCAAAAUAGUAAUAUAUGCUGGGUUCUGUCUAUCAUGGACCAAUAAGAUUCAUUACAAAUUUAUAAGUAUCUUGUGGUUUGGGUGGUCUGCGUUGUUAUGUCAUAGACUGAAACCACUGGUGUAUUCGUUUUUUGCAGCUACUUUUGGUUUGGUCUUAUCUUAUUUACAGCCUUACAUUCAAAUAUUAUCUUAAUCAAAAAGGUUAUUGUCUCAGGUACCAGAUUUAAUUCUUUCGGUCUCUCCCAAAAGUUCAAACUGAUUUUGGAAAAAGUGUGUUUACAUUUGAAGCUCCUGCCUCCUGCAAUCAGCAGCUACAACUAAAACUCAAGGAACUGGUCUCUCACAUAUUGAAUUUAAGGAAAUUUUAAAUGGCUUGGAUGCAGUUACUUCAUGCAACUUAUGAUUGUACUGCUGUUCUUAUUUGCCAGGACACUCUUGAAAAAGAGAUUUUACAGGUUUAAAAAAAAAUCGAAUCUUCUCAUUCAAUAUGUUUUUCAGCAGAACAGGUACUUUUGAAGUGUAUAAACAUUUGUCCGUAAUACUCAAAGCUUCAUAUGAGGAGGAUUUUGAACGCAAUACUUUUAUUUAUAAGGAGCAAAUUUUAAGGCCAGCAUAUGAAGUAAUCACUAUGAGCCUGCAGCUCAGGCUGCACUGCUCAACGCUUCUAGUCAAGCAGUUUUUCUAUUCUUGGCUCUAUGUGAUGACCGUGGGGGCAAAUAUCCCUAAUAUGGUCAUGCACACAGCACCCUCACCUACCUGUCGUUAAAGCUUGUGCUUCGAGGGCAGUCAUUGAGAAUAAAGUUUAAAGAAAGGAUGGAGGGAAUGGCACAUUUCAGACAUUAAAUCAGACAAUAUGAACUGGGUAAAAAAAAAAAACUGUGAAUGAGGCAAAGCUACUCUAGCAGUUUCCAAUAACAAAAACACUGAAGUAGAAAUGAACAUAAUGGCACGCCUAUAAGGAAAGAAUCUGAAUGUCCCGAGAGAGAAAAAAAGCUUGAGUCAGAGUUUAUAAAUGUGCGGCUUUCACUUCUCUUUGAAGUAGUUAAAAACCAGCCUGCAAUUAAUUUUUGCUCAGUAAAGUUUCGGUAAUCUCUAAAAAGCCAAAACCUCAAAGCAAAAGACUUUUGAUACACUUGCCAUCUACAAGAUAGCUUUGCUUCUUUCAGAACUGACCUAGGCGAUAAAGCUGUGUAACACUGUGAUUUGACACUGCCCUGUUUUUGUUUCUAAAAGGUCUACACUCACUGUUCACUUUAAAUUGAGCUCAUAUAUUUUGACUUUAUGUGAACAUUAUUCCUUUGUUGUUGCAGCAGUGCACUAUCGGGAUCUGAGAGAGUUAGUGAAGUUGGAAACUCCAUUAGCAGGAGCCACUGAUGAAAACCCAUCAAAGGCUCAGCAAUUGCAAUUGAGGUCAGGGGAAAGACCUGGCAGUGAAACCACACAAAGCCAUAAAGCCUAAGGUAGCUGCCGCUCAUCGAGCAUCAGCACUUGAGGAAGAAUAACUGUGUCGUUGUCUGCAGACCUGUUGAAUUAAAGGGGGCAUUAACUGCUGCUUCCACUGCAUUAUUGAUGGAGAGCUCCAUUCCCGAGGCCGUAAUGCCUCCUAUUUUUUCCCUUGCAAUUUUCUGGUAGACAUCUCACUGUCUUCAAACACACUUUCGUGCCGAAAGAGAGCGAGGGUUCAGGCAGAGUGCUUGCACUGUUCCCCGCAGGUUGCUUUUAUUUUAAGCUCAACCACCACAAUCAGUGUUGAACCACGAAGCCUCCACAACUGAAAAUAAUCGCAGCAUGACAAGCAUGGGAUGAUUGGGGUUAUGCAAGGUGCCACCUACAGUAACAAGACCUAAAAAGGUAGUCAGGCUUCCUUAGAGAGGUUGCAAAUCACAUGACAGCUCAAGUGCAGCAGAUAUCCGUUUCUCCCUGUGUUUUGACCUCAAAGAGACAAAACCAGAGACUGUUAUUAGAUUUUGAUGCCAAAUUCUCACUAGCUGGAAUUUACCUCAUGAGUCACCUCAGCUCCCACCUACAGUACAUUUGUUGUAGAGCUCCCUAACAAAGGCUCACACUGCUGGCUUUAUCUGCUCUCUCACAGCUUGAGACACCUUACCUCCCGGCUGACCUCAUCCUGUCAUAUGAUUUAAUGAGCGAAGCGGUGUCACAAACCACAGUGGCAGAGGUGUGACAGGAUAGGUCUAUACAAUGCAUAGAAGAUUAAUGAGGCCAUCUCCUCCUUCAGUGUGUGUGAGAAACGCAGCUUGAGGAGGAAAGAAACUUGAUGACUUUAGAAAUUAUAAGAUAUAAAUGACGCACACAGAAUCAAAAUAACAGCUCCUCUAUUUAUAGUCAGUUAUGAAGCGAUGCGAAGCCUGUCUCUGGUCUACAUACACUAUCUGCAUUGAAUUUUAUAGCUCAGCAGUGAUAAUGGUAUGACAUUUUUCUUGUACACUAUCCAUGGGUUUUUGUGUGUAGUGCCCUUUGAUUUUACUUGCACAAGUGUGCUUUUGCGUUGGUGUUUAUGGAGUUUUCUGUGAAGUAGAUGGUUUUGGCUUCAUGAUGAUAACACUCUCGGAGGGCGGUCCAAAAUCAAUCAAAUACAAGUCCAAAUGCUUGCAUCCCAUCUCCUACAGGCUAUUUCAAAGGUUGGUAUUGAUUAUUCCACCCAUUCUUGCCAUUCAGGAGGGGCAGAUGAAAGAGCAUGCUUGAGAAAUGGAGAGAUGAUAAUGAAAUUAAAGGAGGGGAGGCUUUUGUAGCCCGGACAGUAAUGCAUGGGGAGAGUGGAAGCUGAAUGUCAAAGACACAAAAAUGUGUUAUCGUAAACUCGAUGAGUAUUCACGAGCCUAAUUCAUGUCAUAAUGCUGAAGUUCUUCAGAGUGGCUGGUUCGCACAAAUUGUAUGUGUGGGUGGUGUGUUUGGGUAGGGUAAGGGAAGGGGUUUUGGUAAGACGGGAGUCUUUUUUUGUGAGAACUGAGGAGGCUCUUCAUCUUGUUCUUAUCCUCUGAUUCUAUUUUAGUCUUUUUAAGAAAGAAGAAAUCUUCUAGGUUACAACAAAAGAUGGUGUUCAUGUGUUUAACAGAGGUGUGAAAAACCCUUCAGCACACAGCUGUCUUCCUUUUUUUGUGUUCACUUGCAUUUAGUGGCUCUAAUGAAGGUUUUAGUAGCUUUUUCACCCUCUUUUUUUUUUUUAAAGAAUAAAAGGAAGAACAUAAGAAAGGAAGUCAGGUGACAUCGCAGGACAACAUCAGACCUUAAAGGAGGAGAAUUUAAUUUUCCUAUUUUUUAAAAUUAAUUUAUUCACAGCUCUGAAACUCAUGGAAGCACGAAAAGUGGAUAAAUAAUAAAUUCUUCAGAGUUAUCAUUAAUAAAAGUAUCGAGUGCUUAAAUUGCCAUCAUUGAGGCCUACUGGCACCACUGUUUAUAAGAUGUUAGGGAGCUUAUUGCCAUUUCUUCGUAACUGAAUAGGUUCCGAUCUUAUUUUUAAACAUUAACGAUGUCGGGGAGUCUAUAUUAAAAUAAAAGUAUUAAAAUAUAUGUAAUACUUCUUCACUUCAAAACAUUUUCACACAGUCCCUAAAUCUUUUCUUGGGUCCACCCACUGACCCACAAAAUAGCUCAAAGCGCUUCUUCUAAAAUCAUGCGGCAUGAUAAACUGGCCUCUUUGAUUUGGUUGUGUCGCAUUAUGAAAGAUGCUGUAUUAUAAAAACAUCCUUUUGAUAAAACAUCUUAAAUAAACCAAUCAGCAUAAAAAGCUGCAAACAAAUGGCUGCAAGUGGCACUGGCGUAAUUAGUGACUUAUCUGAUUCAGUUUUGAUUUCACUGCUGUAGUUUGCUCGCUGCUGCUGCAUUCAAGAGGGCACGACCAUCCAGUUACCAACGUCUGAAGCUUUCUGAUAAAGGUCCUCCGUCGCCACCGGAGACUACGAUCCAACAGAACCGCUGGAUGGCGCUAAAACACCAGCGCUGCAUCAGGAGGCUCCACACGCGCUGUGAUGAAUCCGGCUGCUCUCAUCACUCGGACAGCUCAGAUCCAUUUCUCCAACUGCGAGAAAACGUUGCCAAACACCCAUCUGCAACCAGUAUGUUGAAGGGGGAUUGUAAAAAUCCACUGCAUCCCUGAAUUCAGAAAGUAUGAGUGACGGUCCGGCGUAUUGUCCAGCUGCCGUGGAGCUCUGGCGGAUGGGAAGUUGUGAGUCAGAGGCGGAGGACCAGUAACUUUUAUAGACUUUCAAGUCCACCGCCUCCAAGUAGCCGGCAGCCCCACUUUAGACUCAUUUCUCUCAGGGAUUGUGCGUCUGGAGAGCUUAACAUUAGACCAGUGUUUUAGGUUAUGUGUUGUCCAGGGCGUCUUGUAGCGACAAGGAAAUGCCAUUUGCCUAAAGAAGAGGCUUCCGUUUUUUUGUGGCUGGCAAUGGAGAAUAAAUGAAAGGGACAUUUCCCGGGAUUAACUGAGAGAACAACGGCAGAAUGCAGGAGAGGGACCUACAGAGCAUGUACGGAAGGGCGCUGCUGCUGACCGUCUGUAUGGUGUCUCUCUGGGGACAGCUGACCAGUGCAUCAUCACAUAGAAGCCACAUAGUUCAUGUGAAAGCAGGAACCUGUGAGGUAAUUGCUGCACAUCGAUGCUGCAACAAGAACAAGAUCGAAGAGCGAUCCCAGACUGUCAAAUGCUCCUGCUUCCCUGGACAGGUGGCAGGAACAACAAGAGCAGCUCCAUCUUGUGUAGACGCAUCCAUAGUUGCACAGAAGUGGUGGUGCCAGAUGCAUCCCUGCAUGGAUGGAGAAGAGUGCAAAGUGCUGCCCGACCUCAAAGGAUGGAGCUGCAGUACAGGAAACAAAGUUAAGACAACUAAGGUCACCCGAUAGUCGUCUGUUUCAAGGAUAACCUCAUUUGAAACCAGACACUGUUUCUUUGAUCAACACCGUUGGACAAUUGGAUGUCGUGUUUUGAGAAUUGGUGGUAACCAGGGACCAAUGAGGACAACAAUCACGGACAUUCCAGUGAAUGAAUGGAGGACCAGGGAGCAUCGUAUAAGACUACAUAUCCAAACAAAUUCCCGACUUUUGAUCUAGCAUCAACAGUAGCUGCCUCUGAACUCUACUGCCCACCAAAUCUCUCUUUGUAUUAUAGUUUUAUUCCUUUGGACUGGAGAUCUCAACAGUGAAGAUAUAUAUUGACUAAAGGACUCUGGAUAACAGAAAAAAAAUCACUCUUGAAACAAAACCAUGUGAUGUGAAACUUUUGUGUUAUUUUCUUGCCACAAAGAGCCCCAGGACUCUUGAUGCAUAUCUGUGUUGAUCUCGUGAGAUCAUAAGCAUUUCCGUUCCUUUUAGCCUUAUGGAGCAGAUAUCUCUUCUGUUUCUUUUUGCUAAUUUAAAGUGUCUGGCUUUUUUAAGUUUGUUAGGAUGUCAAGUCUUCUUUCUGAAAGACAAAAAGACAAUGCCACAACAAUGAAACCAAGAAAAAAUGUAAGAUGUUUAGCUACAGCUCACCAAGGGUCAACAUAGCUCAGUUCUGCCAAAAUGUUUUAAUGGUAUCUGUUGUUUUCAAAGCCUGGUGACUACUAUUCAUUACAAAUGUCAGUAUUAUAUCAAUAAAUCUAACUUAAUGGAUAUUGCUGUUUAAAAAA